AUGUCUGUAAGGGACGAAUUGUUGAUUUAUCCUGUGGACCAGCGAUUUCUCAACGAAGUGGAAAAACAGUUCGACUUAACGAGAAUGGUUGGUUCGGGAACUUUUGGGGAGGUUUAUGAGGCGUACGAUAGGGUGAAUCAUCGCAAAGUUGCAAUCAAACGAUUGUUUCCCUAUCAGACUCUUGAUGCCCACAAGAAGGAGGCUGGGUUCAUAUCAAGCCUGAAUGGCAAACCCAACAUUGUACAGCUUCAAUACAGCCCGCCGUUAGCGCCUGAUGGAAUCAUCCUCGUCGAAGAGCAGCAGGCUUUGCUAUUCGAAUUCUUCGAGCAUGACAAUCCUUCGGAUUACGUCAAGGACUUAACGAUCAAAGAGAUCAGCCAUUACAUGAAGAAUCUGUUUGUAGCCCUACGAUCCGUCCAUUCCCUCGGGAUCAUACAUCGAGAUGUGAAGCUCAACAACUUUCUCUACGACAGGAAGAACAAGAAGUACUUGCUGGUAGACUUCGGGCUGGCAGAGAAGAAAAUCCCCAAGGGCACUAUGGGGACUCGAGGGUACAGAGCUCCUGAGGUCGUGAUGGGCAGUCAGCACCAGACGACGGCAGUCGACGUGUGGAGCGCUGGAGUGAUUCUGCUGAACCUGCUGUGCCGCAAGACCCACUUCCAGUGGUUUCGGCAUGACAAUGACAACCUGGCGACCAUGGAGAUCUACGGGUAA